AUGUUUAUCGGAGGACUCAAUUGGGAGACUACAGAUCGUAUGAAACAUUGCAUAUGUUCCUCUUUCGGUAGCUGUUUAUUGACUGAUUAUGUCUUAGAAUCUCUGAAGGACUAUUUUUCACAAUUUGGGGAAGUCCAAGAAUGCACUGUCAUGCGUGACAGCGCGACAGGAAGAUCUAGAGGAUUUGGCUUUCUCACGUUCAGAGACCCAAAGACUGUCAACACGGUGAUGGUAAAGGAACAUUACUUGGAUGGAAAGAUUAUUGACCCAAAGCGUGCUAUCCCUCGUGAUGAGCAGGAAAAGACUAGUAAAAUAUUUGUGGGCGGAGUCAGUCAAGAGGCAACUGAACAGGACUUUAAACAAUUUUUUAUGCAGUUCGGUCGUGUGGUAGAUGCGACUUUGAUGAUUGAUAAAGACACUGGUCGGCCACGUGGAUUCGGAUUCGUUACGUUUGAUAGCGAAGCUGCGGUAGAAGCAACGCUUUCACGGCCUUUGGAGAUCCUGGGGAAAGCUAUCGAGGUCAAGAAAGCCCAGCCAAGGAGCAACAUGAGAGACGAUGACGGGGGCAGGGGUCGUCGGGGCAGAGGUGAUAGUCAGGGGAUGGGUGAAGGCGGUCAACAACAGCAAUCGGGUCAAGGUCAGGGGGGUAUGGGUAGUGGUGUUAGCCCGCAAAUGAUGGCUCAAUAUUGGCAGAGGAUGCAGCAGUAUUUUACUAUGAUGCAGCAACAGAUGGCAGUUGUGGCAGCCAAUCAAGGUCAGGGUAUGCCGGGAAUGAAUAUGCCUGGGAUGAAUCCAGCCAUGAUGCAGCAAAUGAAGCAGAUGCAAAUGGCUAGUGGUCAACAAGGAGGUCAAUCACCAGGUGGAGGCCAACAAAGCAUGCAGAACAUGAUGAACCCAGCUAUGGUGCAGCAAAUGCAACAGAUGCAACAAAUGCAGCAAAUGCAAAACCAAGGUCAGGGUAACAUGAGUGGGCAGAUGGGAAUGGGAGGAAACUACGCUGCCAACCGGACUGGGCCUGGUUAUAAUGCCCACGAACAAUUGGCCUUUGAACAGCAGAAAUACGAACAACAACAGGCUCGCCGGGUAAUGGACAACCGUUCAUUCUCUCCUUACCAACAAGGAGGCCCCACAUCUUGGGAAGGCAUGUACGACGAAGUUCCUCAGCCAAAUAUUCCGACAGGUCCUCAGGGACGCGGAAAUGGGAUGGGACGAGGUGCGAGUCAGACCCCAAACAAAGCAGGGUCAUCUAAAAGUACAACUCCUCAGCCGAUGAGUGCUGCCCCUGCAAAUGCACCCACUGGUCCUAGGAACGCCGGCAGACCCGGGGCAAACUAUCGUGGUGGAGGUCGUGGAGGUGGUCACAGAGGCUUUCAUCCUUAUGCACGAUGA